AUCGUGGCAGAGGAGCAGCCCAAGGGGGCGGCCGAAGGCAGAGCGGCCCCCCAGGAGUACAUGCUCCAUACCGGCCUGCUCCGUGACCCGCAGCUGUCACGGGAGGGCAGGCACCGGGGGAGCCCUGGCGUGUCGCAGGCAGCGCUUCCUCCUCCGAGUAGUGUCCAGGGGACAGGAUGGCGCUGGGAGCUUAUCACAGAGCUGGCACCUCGGAGCUGCAGUGUGGCAGGUUCCCCCGACGGGCUGCGGGAGCCUUCGGGACGGGGAUGAAGGAUUUUGUGGAUCACAAAGAGCACUGGACCUCUGACAGCACCUUCUUAGUCUUCCAAGUCCCAGAGGAUCAGGGCUCUGCAGGACCAAGAGCAGAGAUGAGACCACACACAUGGUUACCUCAACACCAUCUAUGAGGAAUUCAACCAGCAGCACUGCUGGGGGCACCGGGAGCAACACACAAAGUGGGCAUCUUCCAGUCCUGCUGUGGAGGUGCUGAAAAUGACAAACCCAACGCAACAGUUGUCCGGGCUGCUGCUGUCCGUGCUGGGCUGGGUCGGCAGCAUCAUCACCUGCGCCCUGCCCUCCUGGAGGCUGUCGACCGUGGUGGGCACCAACAUGAUGGUGUCCCAGUCCUUCUCGGAAGGGCUGUUCCAGAUCUGCACGGACGGCGAGGCAGGGAGGUCGCACUGCAAGCCCUACGACUCCCUGCUGGAGAUCAGCCCCGCGCUGCAAGUAGGUCGCGCCUUGGUCGUCACCUCCAUCUUCACAGGCCUCUUUGGCUUCAUCGUCGGCCUGACGACCUUCAGGUCCAGCCGCUUCGUGGCGGACGCGAUCAUCAGGAACAGGAACACGGUCAUUGCGGGGGUCAUCUUCCUCGUGGCCAGCAUCAUGCUGCUCAUCCCUGUCGCCACAAGCGCCAACAACUCUAUCAGCGACUUCCACAACCCCAUGGUGCCUGAGCACCUCAAGAGAGAGGUGGGACCUGCCGUCUACGUUGGCCUCUUCUCCUUCGCCUUUCUGCUCAUCGGCGGCUCUGUCCUGUGCUCCGCGGGUCUCUCGAGGGACAAGGACAAUGAGAGAGAGAGGAAAGGCUGCAGCUACCCCAUGAAGGACUACGUGUGAGCCACCACGCCUGGAUGCCAGCCUGAGGGCUCUCCACCAUCCAAGGCUUUGCUACCGUCCCCAUACAGCCUCUACGUGCUGCCCUCCCUCCCUACGUGCUACCUUCCCUUCCCCAUCCCCAUACUGGCUGUACCCUGCCAUGGUCCCCCACUAUGUCCUCCUCCCUGGCAUGCAGGGGCUGUGCUCGUGGUGGGCUAUAAACAUCU